AUGGAUAAGAUGCUUGGAGUUUGUCGAGGAUCAACGUACACACUUGAGAUAAUUGAUUAUGUCUUAAACGGUGGUGGCAGCUGUACGCAGCUGUACCUAACAAUGAGGCUACAAAACCACCCUCUUGCACAACCGGAGUUGGUGUUGGAGUACAAUGGCAAAAUUGUUUCAACCGAUGAAGCACAUGUUUCUAGUGCUAUAAAUGCUGCAACAGAAGAGCUUGCUGGUCAUGGCAAAGGGAUUUCCGACAAUCCCUUGACUUUGUUGGUGAAGAAAAAUGGUGUUCCUGAUCUUACUAUGGUUGAUCUUCCAGGUAUUACUCGUGUUCCUGUUCAUGGUCAACCUGAGAAUAUUUAUGACCAGAUUAAGGACAUGAUCAUGGAGUAUAUAAAGCCAGAAGAAAGUAUUAUCUUGAAUGUUCUUUCUGCUAGUGUUGAUUUUACUACUUGUGAGUCCAUUAGGAUGUCUCAGAGUGUUGACAAAACUGGGUUGAGGACGUUGGCUGUGGUGACAAAGGCUGAUAAGUCUCCUGAAGGCUUGUUAGAGAAGGUUACUGCUGAUGAUGUCAACAUUGGUCUGGGCUAUGUAUGUGUGAGAAAUCGAAUUGGUGAUGAGUCUUAUGAGGAUGCACGUAUUGAAGAACUCAAGCUGUUUGAGUCUCACCCUAUGCUUUCUAAAAUUGACAAGUCUAUUGUGGGGAUUCCAGUUUUGGCUCAAAAACUGGUUCAGGUUCAGGCUUUGAGCAUAUCCAAAACCUUGCCAGAGAUAGUGAGGAAAAUCAAUGAGAAGCUUUCUAAUAAUUUGUCUGAGUUAGAAAAACUGCCAACAAACUUGACUUCUGUAGCUGAUGCUAUGACUGCUUUCAUGCAUAUUAUUGGAUUGACCAAGGAAUCACUUAGAAAGAUUCUUCUUAGAGGAGAAUUUGACGAGUACCCAGAAGACAAAAAGAUGCAUUGCACUGCUCGGUUGGUUGAGAUGUUGGAUUCGUAUUCAAAUGAUCUUUACAGUUGUGCUCAAAGUGAUGCCACCAAAAAUUUUCUUAUGGAUGAGAUAAAAGUGUUGGAGGAAUCUAAGUGGAUCGGUCUACCAAAUUUCAUGCCUCGUACUGCUUUUUUGUCUAUAUUGAAUUUUAAGGUUAGAGGCAUUGCUGAUAUGCCAAUAGGUUUUGUUGAGAAUGUGUGGAACUAUCUUGAAGAUGUGCUGAUUUCUGUCAUAAAUCGUCAUUCUGAAAACUAUUAUCAGCUUUUGUUGUCUACUAGGCGUGCUGCCCAGGUUCUCAUUGCAAAGAAAAAGCAAAAUUCAAUCAAGCAUGUCAUUGAAGCCAUUGAAAUGGAGAAGUACACUGAUUAUACUUGUAAUCCAGAGUUCUCUCUGGAAUACAAUAGGCUUAUAUCUCUGCAAGAAGUCUUUGUGAAUGAAGUUUUAAAAAAUGAGAACAAUCCAUCCCAUGUAAAUCUUGAAGGUGUGGGUAAGAUUGAAGUUGGUCAUUUGAGGAACUACCCUUCUAUGCUGCUUCAAGCAUUUGACUUGAAGGUGAGAAUGAUAUCUUAUUGGAAGAUUGUGCAGAAAAGGCUUAUUGACACUAUAGCCCUGCAUUUGAUGUUAAGUGUUAAUAAUCUUGUAAACCGUGAUUUGGAGAAGGAAAUUGCUCAUGAUCUGUUAUCUCCAAGUGGUGGUGGUAUUGAAAGGCUGUUAGAGGAGUCUCCUUCGAUUUCUGGGAAGCGUGAGAAGCUUCAAAGGAGUGUCAAGGUGCUCAGGGAGAGUAAGGAAACUGUUGCCAAUAUCAUUGACCGUAUUGGGAGUUAUGGAGAUUAUUAAGAGUUCAUCAAUUUUACCUAUAUUAUCCCGAUCUGAAUAACCAAGCUAUUUGUUGUUUUGAACUAUUAGUAGUUGAGGAUGUUGUUUUUCGUUUUGCUGCUACUUUGUUCUAACGUUUUUUUGUUUCAUUUUUAAUCAACUUAUGCUAUUUCAAAUCUUAUGUGUUAAUGAAAAUAUGCCAGUUAUUUUCAA